AUGCUUCGAACUACGAUCUUCUCUGGCGCUGCCAGAGGCCAGUCUUUUAUGGCUCUGAAAAGGGCUGCACAACGCCCCUUUUUCAAGUCUCAAAUGUCAUCAAAGGUCUCUCUAUUCUCCAGCGUAAGGUUCCAGCACUCGGGGCCACAGGAUAAAGAGCCCAAGAAUGAUGGCAACAAGAAUCAAAGUAACAAUAACAACGAUAACAAGGACCGUAACAGAGAUGACUUCAAAACUCUUACCGAAUAUCUCAAAUCUAAGCAAUUCGCAAAAACAAUGUAUCUAACGGUAGGAUUCACAUUCGUGUUCCAUCUGCUAACGUCGCCUUCGUCAGAUCCAGAGGAUAGUCCAGUGCUGACGUUCCAGGAAUUCAAAAGCAAAUAUCUCGAAAAGGGCCUCGUCAAGAAAAUAUACGUGGUCAACAAACAAAUGGUCGAAGCAGAACUCGUCCCGCAGGCCAUGGCCUCCCUAGGAAGUGGGAACGGUUUUUUUGCACUGCCUAAUACAUCACCCAUCGUUGGAUUCACCAUAGGCUCUGUUGACGUCUUUGAACAACAGAUCGAUGAGAUUCAAGAUAAAUUACAAAUCCCUCCCAAUGAGCGCAUUCCUGUCACAUACGUUGAAAAAGCCUCUUUUCUACAAUAUCUUCUCCCGUUCAUACCCACCGUCAUUCUGCUAGGUGGCUUAUACUUUAUUACUAGACGUGCCUCCGGUUCCAUGGGCGGACCCGGAGGUGGUGGCCCAAUGGGCGGAAUGUUUGGAGUUGGGAAGUCCAAGGCCAAACUCUUCAAUAAGGAAACCGACAUCAAGGUAAAAUUUAAGGACGUGGCGGGCUGCACGGAAGCAAAAGCAGAGAUUAUGGAGUUUGUACACUUCUUACAAAAGCCAGACAAGUAUCGCGCGUUGGGAGCCAAAAUCCCUCGUGGUGCUAUCCUUUCAGGUCCACCAGGUACUGGUAAGACUUUACUAGCUAAAGCCACUGCUGGAGAAGCCGGUGUUCCAUUCUUGUCUGUCUCAGGUUCCGAGUUUGUUGAAAUGUUUGUGGGUGUAGGUGCGUCCCGUGUCCGUGAUCUGUUUGAGAACGCCAGGAAAAUGGCGCCUGCUAUCAUAUUUGUGGAUGAAAUUGACGCCAUUGGUAAAGAAAGAGGUAAAGGAGGUGCCAUGGGGGGUUCUAAUGACGAACGUGAAGCAACAUUGAACCAGCUUCUGGUGGAAAUGGAUGGUUUCAGCACUAGCGACCAAGUUGUGGUUUUGGCUGGUACCAACAGACCGGAUGUGUUGGACGGGGCUUUGUUAAGACCUGGAAGAUUUGAUCGUCACAUCCAAAUCGACGCCCCCGACGUUGAGGGUAGAAAAGCCAUUUAUCAAGUUCAUUUGAAAAAAAUAAACUUGAGUCCCAAAUACAGUGAACCAUCUGAAAAGGAAUUGCUGGCAGGAAAACUCGCCGCGCUGACACCAGGAUUCGCGGGUGCAGAUAUCGCUAAUGCUUGCAACGAAGCUGCGUUAAUCGCCGCGAGACAACAGAAACCUUUUGUUGAGCUCGCAAAUUUCGAACAGGCAAUCGAGCGAGUCAUUGCCGGGCUAGAAAAGAAGUCUCGUGUUCUUUCCCCAGAAGAGAAAAAGACUGUGGCAUACCAUGAAGCUGGUCAUGCCGUUUGUGGUUGGUAUUUGCAACAUGCCGACCCUCUUUUGAAAGUCAGUAUCGUACCCAGAGGGCAAGGCGCAUUGGGAUACGCUCAAUAUUUGCCUCCCGAUCAGUAUCUCAUAACACAGGAGCAAUUUCAGCACCGAAUGGUGAUGGCGUUGGGCGGCAGAGUCUCAGAAGAACUGCAUUUUCCUUUCGUCACCAGCGGGGCGCAUGACGAUUUCAAAAAGGUGACAAACAUGGCUCAAGCUAUGGUGACCAAAUUGGGUAUGUCUCGUUCCAUUGGUUACGUUGCAUACGACCAGGAUGCCGGCGGAGUCCAAGUCAAUAAGCCUUUCAGCGAAAAAACCGCUCGUAAGAUUGAUCAGGAGGUGAAAAAUAUCGUGGAUCAAGCUCACCAAAUGUGUAAGCAAAUGUUGGUUGAGCAUAGUCAAAGUGUAGAAAGCGUCGCUCAAGAACUUCUAAAGAAAGAAGUGAUAACUAGAGAGGAUAUGAUAAGGUUACUAGGACCUCGUCCAUUCCCGGAAAGGAAUGAAGCGUUCGAAAAGUACUUGGAUCCAAAGAACAACAACGAAAACGUUGUCAAUGCAUGA